GUUUUCAAUUUUUCCCUAUUGAACCCACUGCAUUGAGGAAACUUUGAGAGGAUUUUCGCUCAAGCCAUUUAGUAACCUCAGGGUCCAGGGUGAGGUGGGCAAUGUGGUACAUCCUUCGGAUCUUCUUUGCACUGAGGGCUCUGGCCGAGCCGAACUCGUGGCAAGAAAUUACCCCAGUCGGCUCUGUGCCAACCCCCAAACGAAUCAAUCAUAUGGUGAUGUGGAGCGAGAUUGAUGAUGGUUUCUAUGUCUAUGGAGGAAGAGACGAGAAUUAUGCCCUAAAAAAUGAUUUGCACUUCUAUUCAAGGCAAACCAAUUCUUGGGCAGAAAUUGUGCCCAAUGGCUCCGUGCCCGCACGGCAAGCUCCGACAGCUGUGUGGAGCAACCAAGCUGAUGGGUUCUACGUUUUUGGAGGAUGCUGCUGGGAGAAUGACUUACAUUUCUAUUCCAGGGAGUCCAAUUCCUGGGAAAAGCUUUCACCUGCUGGCACCUUACCACUUGGACGAGAAGGGCACGCAUCAGUGUGGGGGGAUGUCGCAGAUGGUUUCUACGUGUGCGGAGGCUACCAGAGCAAUUUUGGAAUCAUUAUGGAUCUGGCUUUUUACUCUCGAGCCUCCAAUGCGUGGCAGCGGCUUUGGCCCACAGGUUCCCCGCCAGAUGCCCGCUACCACCACACCUUGGUAUGGAGUGAAAUUGAUGACGGAUUCUAUCUCUUUGGAGGUUAUUCCAGCGUCGCGGAAGACGAUGGAGGAAACUGGGGCACUUUUCAAAGAAAUGAUUUGUAUCUCUACUCGAGGCAGGCAAACUCGUGGCAAAAACUGGAGCCUAGCGGCAUGCCAUACUUCGAUGGAUUGUAUUGGCAGACGUCUUUUCCUUCACGCAGAGAGGAGCACGCAGCUGUAUGGAGCAAACAAAAUGACGGAUUCUAUGUUUUUGGAGGCUAUUCCGACGGCUACUACAUGAGUGAUGUGUAUUUAUAUUCACGGCAGAGAAAUGAAUGGCAAGCUAUGUGGCCCACUGGUGGAAAUGUCGAGGCGCGACAUGAACAUGCCAUCGUGGGAAACCUGGAGGGUUUCUAUGUUGUGGGAGGGCGCUACAGUACAUCGGCCCCCUAUGAUGAUUUGUUUCUGUACAUAUGGCAGACCACGACCACGACAACAACGUACACAUCAUCGACGCAGACAACCAAUACUUCUACCUCCUCAACGUUUACCUGGACUACCAUGACAAGUACGACCAUGACAAGCUCGAUGACAACAUUGACAAGUUCAACAUCUACUGUCACAACGUUGACCCACACAUCUUCCACCACCACGUGGACGACAGCAACAACAACGGCGACAUCCACUUGGACGUUGACCAGUGUGCAAGACGAAGCCGCAUCCGCUUCAGGCGCCGGUAUCAAGUUAGUUGUGAUUCUGGCUUGGCUUGGCUUGGUGUAGACCUGAGCUUGAAAACCGUUUACUUGCUUUGAGCUGAAGCUGGAGAGGUGCAAGCAGCAUACACCCCGAAGGGUCAGAGUGCACAGUGCAAAGUCACCCAACUUGCAACUUCUAGCAGCAGUUUGGUUUCACUCUAUUUAUUGCUUUUCUUUUGCAUCAUUGUUCAAGCCUUCAGCCUGAAUCACAGGCGGUGCACCAGCUGUGGACGGAAAUGAGUGAGACAAACACCUGGGUCAAAGGUGGAGUUACUAUGCAGCC